AGAAUAGCCGGCAAAGGAUGGCCGAGAGCUCCAAACUCCAGCUCUUCGUCAAGGCGAGCGAUGAUGGGGAGAGCAUCGGGCACUGCCCCUUCUGCCAGCGCCUCUUCAUGAUUCUGCUGCUCAAGGGGAUCCCCUUUACUCUGACCACAGUGGAUAUGAAGAGGGCCCCGGAUGUGCUGAAGGAUUUUGCCCCGGGAGCCCAGCUGCCCAUGCUGCUGUAUAACGGGGAGCCCAAAACCGACACCAACAAGAUCGAGGAGUUCCUGGAGGAGACCCUGGGCCCCCCAAACUUUCCCAGUCUGGUUCCCCAGUACAAGGAGUCCAGCACGGCCGGGAACGACAUCUUCCACAAGUUCUCCGUGUUCAUCAAGAACUCGCUGCCAGCCCAGGACGAGGUGCUACAGAAGAACCUGCUGAAGGCCCUCCUGAAGCUGGACAGGUACCUGAGCACCCCCUUGGAGUAUGAGCUCGUCCGGGACCCCAGCCUCACCGUCUCCCACAGGAGGUUCCUGGACGGUGACAAGCUGACACUGGCAGACUGCAGCCUGCUGCCCAAACUGAACAUUGUCCAUAUCGUGUGCAAACACUACCGGCAGCUGGGGAUCCCCCAGGAGCUGCGCGGGGUCUGGCGCUACCUGGACAGUGCCGGGGAGGCUAAGGAGUUCAAAUACAGCUGCCCCAAAAGCAAGGAGAUCGUGCAGGCCUAUCGCACCGUGGUGAGGCCGCUCAAGUAGGCAGAGCCCGACACUGCCUCUACUCAGCCUGGCGCUGCCCUUCGCCCGCUGCCAGUGCUGGAGAGGGGCCUGGGGCUGCCCUGCCUGGCCUGGUCCUCCUCCAUCUCUCUGCUUUGCUUCCCGUGAACAUCGGACAAGGGUUGAGGGAACUGGAGCCACUACCCUUCUCACCCCCCCUGGGCUCAGCAGCCUGGGGGCUAGGCCAGCCUGGACUUCUGUGGGGCAGAGAUACCCCCUUCGCCAGUCAGGACUCUGCAGAACACAGGACAGGAUAGGGCCUCCUGGCUCCUCAAACCCAGUCCCCAUCCCCUUCCUGUGCUUAUUGGGGGCACCUCUUCCUCCCCUCCCCCCACAUAACCCUCACUGCCAGAGCCUUCUCUUGGCAACUCAGCUAACACUCCCCUUUCAGCUCCUGCUCCACCGGCUGCAGAGAGGGCAGCCUUGGUCUCUGGUCCCAGCCUGUGGAGAGGGCCACCCAGGGCAGGGCAGAUGAGCCCGGGAGAGGUGAGGGGCAGAGAAGAGCAGUGGGGACUGAGAAAGUUGCAUGAUCCUCCCCUGCCAGGGGGUGCAGCCACCCCUGGGCUCAGCCACGCUCUCGUCACUGGUGCGGCUGGAGGGGCCGUGGGGGCACCACCAGUUAGUGUCGCGCGCUGGCUUGGGUCUGCCCAGCUUAGAAACAGGCCAGGCUGAGGCAGCUCCCCAAAAGCCCUCGGGGAAGCGGGGGCCGGAGCACCCACAGCAACAAAGGCAGCCGACGCCCGCCCCAGGAGACGAUGGCGUGGGGCUGGACUGGUGCAGACACUGCGGGGAGCCCAUGUGGCAUCACCCAGCCUUUGAAGAUCAGCCCAGGGCCCAGGAUUGCUGUGCAGUGCCCAGGAAGCCCUGCAUGGCUCAGUAGGGCUGCCAGUGCUGGACUACGGGCUGGCGACUCCUGGCUACCAGAAAGCGAUCGCCUUUGGCAGUUGCUCAGCCCAGUAGCUGGAUCCUCCUUCCCAACCGAGAAUGAGUUUGUCUCCCCCACCUGCUAGGAGGGAGGGGGGGUUACCGGUAUUAUGUCAGAGCAUUUAAAAUCAAUAAA